AUGGGGUCAACUCAAACCCUAUUAGCCACAGCCCUGGUAAAGGCUGAGUCCAAAAAUGGUUCUCCUCUGAUAUUAAGAGCUCUGCUUGACCAAGGGUCUCAAGCAUCUUUUAUAUCAGAAGCAGCCGUACAGUUGUUACGACUGAAUAAGAUUGCUGAGGCAAGCAAUAUAUCAGGUUUAGGCGGUGGUCUGAGCGGCUUAACCUCAAAAUAUGUGGUUAAGGUCAAGAUUCAGUCGCUCUACGAUCCAACCUUUAAGUUGCAAGUGAAAGCACAUGUUCUUCAAACGGUGACCACUGUGUUACCACAAAAGAAGUUCAGGCCAACUACUUGGACUGAGCUUGGCCGCAUUAGUUUGGCUGAUCCACAGUAUAAUUCGCCUAAUAGAAUCGAUGUUCUGUUAGGCUCCGAGGUGUAUUGUGCUGUCCUGAAACAAGGGUUGAUUAAAAGCCCUAAUGGUUUGGUUAUUGCUCAGGAUACUCACCUUGGAUGGGUGUUGUCGGGUCAAGUUGAAGGCUAUGAUGGAGAACAAGCUGCAUGUCAUAACAUUGUUAUGAGCUUUCAUGUUCAUUUAGAAGAUAACGAACUUCUCAAGAAAUUUUGGGAGAUUGAAGAUGAACCUAGUCCAAAGAAACGUAUAUUGACUGCGGAAGAACAGGAUUGCGAAAAUCAUUUCAACAUGACAACCCGUAGAGAUGAGACUGGUCGUUAUGUGGUAGAAUUACCUUUUCGUCCAAAUGCUCGUAGAGACUACGGUGAUACUAGGUCAGUCGCUGUAAAACGCUUGUUUAGUCUGGAAAAGAGAUUAGAUAAGAACAGUCAAAUGAAAGAGAAUUAUUCUCAAGUAAUAGAAGAAUAUUUGGAACUUGGGCAUAUGGAGAAGGUUCACGAUAAGUCAUCGACCAUAGAAAGUAAAGUAUGGUUACCUCAUCAUGCUGUUGUUCGGUUGGACAGAAGUACAACUAAAACUAGAGUGGUUUUUAAUGCAGCCGAUCGAAGCGCUAAUGGAUUAUCGUUAAAUGAUACGUUGAUGGUGGGUCCAACGCUUCAAAUGGAUUUACGUCAUUUGAUCAUGCGUUGGCGUUCUCAUCCCAUAUGUCUCACAGCCGAUAUCGUUAAAAUGUAUCGGCAAAUUAAAGUGGCUGAAAAACAUACAGAUUUUCAGAGGAUUGUAUGGCGAUCGGAAGAUGGAGUUAUACAAGACUAUCGUCUUUUAACUGUCACUUUCGGCACCUCAUGUGCUCCUUAUUUAGCUGUAAAGGCAUUACAGCAAGUAGCUGUGGAUGAUGGUCGUGAUUUCCCGAAUGCGGCAAGUAGAGUUCUGACGGAUUUCUACAUGGACGAUCUUCUCACCGGCGCUGAGACAGAAGAAGAAGCUUUUACAGUAUAUAAAGAAAUGAAUGAAUUGCUAAGUAAGGGAGGAUUUCAGUUACAAAAAUGGACAUGUAACCGAGUAGCUUUGUUUGGGGGAACUGAACUGGAAAUGGAAAGGGAGCUAAAGGAAAAUGAUGUCACUAAAAUAGUAGGUAUCGCUUGGAAUCGUCGCACGGAUGAGUUUGGUUAUAAACUAAAAAUCUCUCCUGAUGCUUCUGCUCCUGAAACUAAACGAGAAGUGAUUAGUGAAAUCUGUCGUUUGUAUGAUCCACUAGGGUGGAUAGCUCCAUGUAUUAUAACAGCAAAGGUCUUUAUCCAAAAACUAUGGAUUGUUGGAUUGAGCUGGGAUGAUAAGUUACCACCGGGGCUUAUUCAAGAGUGGUAUCAAUAUCGCAAGGAAUUACUGAAGUUAGAAUGUUAUCACAUUCCAAGGUGGGUCCAUAGGAGAAAUAGCGAUAUAAAAAUAGAGUUACACGGGUUUAGUGACGCUUCUAGCUCAGCCUAUGCUGCAGUAGUUUAUAUCCAUUGUGUUACUGUGGAUAAUAAUAUUUAUACUCACCUGGUAACUGCUAAGACGAAGGUGGCACCCAUCAAGCAAAUAUCCAUUCCGCGUCUUGAGCUGUGCGCCGCGGUUCUGGUCACCAAGCUGCUCCUGGAAGUAUCUGAAAUUCUAAAUAUUGAUAAGUCAGAGAUACAUGUCUGGACAGAUUCGACAAUAGUGUUGGCUUGGUUGGCGGACCAUCCAAGUCGUUGGAAGACGUUUGUCAACAGAACUUCAGAGAUACUUACCUCAUUAGAUGCUACUCAGUGGUCGUACGUCCAGACUAAGGAAAAUUCUGCUGACUGCGCGUCACGUGGUAUUUCGCCAUCAGAGUUAUUAGAGCACAAGUUAUGGAAGAAUGGUCUAAGCUGGUUGCAGAGUAGCACAAUACAGUAUGUAAAACCACAUUCUAUUUGCACCAAGACAGAAUUAGAAAAGCGCCAGAUAAAAAAAAAAUUUACGUUUGAAGAAUUCUACUGCAAAAGAAACUAA